CAUGGCACAAGACAAUCGUACAAUCAAGGAGCUCUCGGCUUCGGGAUUGGACAAUGCCGCACCUCUAUGUAUUCAAUAUCCGGCGGCUGCUCAAGGAAAGACCGAGGAAUUCGAGCUAAAGUCAAGUUUGUUACACCAUAUUCCGAAGUACCAUGGGUUGUCCAUGGAGGAUCCUAACAAGCACUUGAAAGAAUUCGAGGUGGUAUGUUCAAGCAUGACUCCAAUCAAUGUCGACGGGAGUAUAUUGAAGAUGAAGGCCUUUCCCUUUUCUCUCCUGGAAAAGGCGAAAGAUUGGUUAUAUGAAUUAGCUCCCGGAACGGUCACAUCUUGGGAGAGCAUGAAAAGAACUUUCUUGGAGAAGUUUUUCCCAACUUCUCGAGUCAUCCUCCUACGAAAAAGGAUAAGUGGAAUUCAACAAGAAGAAGGUGAGUCUUUUCCUACAUAUUACGCGUUUAAAUCACUUGUUGCUUCUUGUCCACAGCAUCAAAUGAAGGAGGAGCUUCUUCUACAAUACUUCUACGAGGGACUUCUACCAAUCGAACGACAAAUGCUAGAUGCCUCGGCAGGAGGAGCCUUGGUGGACAAGACCCCUACGGCAACAAAGACAUUGAUUGCCAAUCGAGCAUUAAACGCUCAACAAUACGAAGGUGUUGGACAAAGAGGCACCCCACGGCAACACCAAGUGAAUGAGGUAAGUGCCAUAACCGAACUUCAAAAUCAAAUGGCUAACCUUACUACUUUGCUUUCUCAGGUUGUGGAAGGGCCAAAAGUUCAAAAUGUAAGUGCGUGUGGCGUAUGCUCCAUGCAAGGACACCCUACGGACAAAUGCCCACAAUUGAUCGAGAACGGAGGGUGGGAGACCCUCAAUGCCGUGGGCUUUGGGCAACAAUACCAACAAAGGAAUGAUCCCUUUUCUAACACCUACAAUCCCGGUUGGCGUGAUCAUCCAAAUUUCAAAUGGCGAGAACCCCAACAAGGCCAACAACAAAGCACGUUUAGGCAACAACCCCCGGGUUUCUAUCAAAAACCGUUUGCACCAAAUCAAACCCAAGCACAACCCGCCCAAAAAUCAGGUUCUUCUAUUGAUAAUGAUCAAAUUUUUAAUUUACUAACUUCUAUGGCGCAGGGCAUGCAGACUAGGGACAAGAAGGUGGACGAGUUAGAGAAGCAAGUGGGGCAAAUUACCGAGUUUAUGGGACAGUUUCGAGACCAAGGAAGACUCCCUAGUUCAACCAUUGCAAAUCCAAAAGGGGGAUUCGAAACCGCCAAAGCAAUUACAUUAAGGAGUGGCAAACCAGUUGGAACCGAACCCCAAGCAUCCAAUUCAAGUCAAAAAGAGGAUGAAAAGCUAUCUUCUAUUCCAUUAAACGUGCCUUUUCCUAGCAGGUUGAAGCAAUCCAAGAAGGAGGAGACCGAAAAAGACAUUUUAGAGACAUUUCGGAAAGUGCAAGUCAAUAUACCUCUUCUUGACGCAAUUAAGCUAGUACCUAGGUAUGCCAAGUUUUUGAAGGAAUUAUGCACAACAAGACGGAGAAUUUCGAACAAAGAGGUGGUCCAGGUAAGUGAGAAUGUUUCCGCUGUUUUGCAAAGAAAACUACCUCCUAAAUGCAAAGAUCCAGGUAGUUUUACAAUUCCAUGUGUUAUAGGCAAUACUAAAUUUGAACAUGCUAUGUUAGAUCUAGGAGCUUCAAUUAACGUCAUGCCAUACUCAAUAUAUGCAUCCAUGAACUUAGGAGAGCUUAAAAACGAUGGUGUUAUAAUUCAAUUAGCCGAUCGUUCUAAUGCAUAUCCGGAAGGAGUUUUGGAAGAUGUGUUGGUGCAGGUGGAUAACUUGAUAUUUCCAGCAGAUUUCUAUGUCUUAGAGAUGGAGGACUCACCAAAUGUCACCCCAUUGCCGAUUCUACUUGGGAGGCCCUUCAUGAAAACAGCACGCACCAAGAUCGAUGUGUUCAAAGGGACGUUGACAAUGGAAUUUGAUGGGGAGAUUAUUAACUUUAACAUUUCUGAAGCUAUGAAAUUUCCUAAAGAUGAUCAUUCUUGUUUUUCUAUUGAUAUAUUGGAUGAAUUGGCGCAGGAUUAUCUUGAUAUGUUGGAAGACGAUCCCCUUGAAACGACGAUAGCACAAGGACUUGGCAUAAAGCCCAAUCUGGCCGUACCUAAGGAGGAGCAUGCCGAGCUUGUGGCUGCCUUGGAAUCAUUGCCCCAACAUCGUGGUAAGCCUUCUAACCCAAUUCCAAUUCCCGUUUCCACUAAUACGUUGUUACCUUCUGUGAUUCAGGCCUCCGUUCUUGAGCUUAAACCGUUGCCGGAUCAUUUAAAGUAUGUAUUCUUGGGAGAUGAAGAGACGUUGCCCGUCAUUGUCUCUUCAUCACUCACGGCAUUAGAGGAAGAAAAGUUGAUUCGGGUGUUGAAAGAGCACAAAACAGCCAUUGGAUGGACAUUGGCCGAUAUUAAGGGAAUUAGCCCUACAACAUGCAUGCAUCGCAUAUUUCUAGAGGAGGGGGCUAAACCAACUCGAGAGGCUCAACGCCGGCUCAACCCUCCGAUGAUGGAAGUCGUGAAAAAGGAGAUUAUAAAGCUUCUCGAUUGUGGAGUGAUUUAUCCAAUUUCGGAUAGCCGUUGGGUCUCACCGGUUCAAGUUGUCCCGAAGAAGUCCGGAGUUACUGUGGUGAAGAAUGCCGAGGAUGAGCUUGUGCCAACCCGGCAUAUUGUUUCUGAAAGGGGAAUUGAAGUUGAUAAAUCAAAAAUAGAUCUUGUACGCUACUUACCCUCUCCAACUUCGGUUAGAGAGGUUCGUUCUUUUUUGGGCCAUGCAGGAUUCUAUAGGCGAUUCAUCAAGGAUUUUUCGAAGAUUUCCACACCCCUAUGCCGACUUCUCCAAAAGGAUGUGACCUUCGAUUUCAACGAGGAGUGUGAAAAGGCAUUCAAGCACCUCAAAGAGAUGCUAACUUCGGCCCCCAUCAUUCGGCCACCAGAUUGGAGCAUUCCCUUCGAGCUUAUGUGCGAUGCAUCUGAUUAUGCUCUAGGCGCUGUUUUGGGACAAAGGAAGGACAAACAGCCACACGUCAUCUAUUAUGCCUCUCGGACCUUGAACGAUGCUCAGUUGAACUAUUCCACAACGGAAAAAGAACUUCUCGCCGUUGUUUUUGCUUUAGAUAAGUUUCGUUCGUAUUUACUUGGUACUAAAGUCAUAAUUUACACUGAUCAUGCAGCGUUGAAGUACUUGCUCACAAAGAAGGAGGCUAAACCAAGGCUUAUUCGAUGGAUGCUUCUUCUCCAAGAGUUCGAUAUCGAAAUCCGAGACAAGAAAGGAAGUGAGAACGUUGUGGCUGACCACUUGAGCCGUUUGGUGCAUGAAGAAGAGGUUGUGCCGAUCCCAGAGACAUUCCCGGACGAGCAAUUGAUGUCCAUUGAGGUUAGUAUGCCAUGGUAUGCGGAUUUAGUUAAUUAUUUAGCAUCUAAAGUCAUCCCAAGUGAGUUCAAUAAAAACCAACGUGAUAAACUUAAGUAUGAUGCACGAAAUUAUGUGUGGGAUGAUCCGUAUUUAUGGAAAUAUUGCUCUGAUCAAAUCAUUCGUAGGUGUGUGCAUGAUUCUGAAUUUCAAUCUAUUUUAAACUUUUGUCACACUUAUGCAUGCGGAGGUCACUUUGGCACUCAAAGGACUGCACGUAAAGUACUUGAAUGUGGUUUUUAUUGGCCUACUAUCUUUAAGGAUGCUAGAACUUUUUGCAUGGCAUGUGAUCGUUGUCAACGAACUGGAAGUAUAGGACCAAAAGACCAAAUGCCGCAAAGUCCCAUCUUUAAUGUUGAAAUUUUUGAUGUGUGGGGCAUAGAUUUCAUGGGUCCCUUUCCUUCAUCUCAUGGUUUUGUUUAUAUUCUACUUGCGGUUGAUUAUGUUUCAAAAUGGGUGGAAGCAAGAGCCACCCGUACUAAUGAUUCUAAAGUGGUUGCAGAUUUUGUUAAGACUAACAUUUUUGCAAGGUUUGGAAUGCCGCGGGUACUUAUAAGUGAUGGGGGCUCUCAUUUCUGCAAUCGCACCAUUGAAGCGCUACUCAAGAAAUAUAGUGUCACGCAUAAGGUGGCAACACCUUAUCAUCCUCAAACAAGUGGACAAGCGGAGGUGUCCAAUAGAGAAAUCAAGCAGAUUUUGGAGAAGACUGUAGGGCCAAACCGGAAAGAUUGGAGCUUGCGCUUGAAUGAUGCAUUAUGGGCGUAUCGUACGGCCUACAAAACACCAAUUGGAAUGUCCCCAUUUCGGCUCAUUUAUGGGAAACCAUGCCAUCUUCCGGUUGAAUUGGAACACAAAGCACAUUGGGCCAUCAAAACCUUUAAUAUGGACAUUGAUGCCGCAGGUCUUCAUAGGAAACUUCAAUUGAACGAGCUUGAGGAAGUUAGGAAUGAAGCUUACGAGAACUCUCGUAUUUACAAGGAGAAAACGAAGGCAUUCCAUGACCGGAUGAUUCGGAGCAAGACGUUCUCUAUCGGGCAGAAAGUGCUACUUUUCAAUUCUCGCCUUCGGUUAUUCCCAGGUAAGUUGCGUUCUAAGUGGAUUGGACCUUUUAUUGUUACUAAUGUUUUUCCGCAUGGUGCAGUUCAAAUUCAAAGUCUGAAGACGCAACAAGAGUUCAAAGUCAAUGGACAUCGUUUGAAGCCAUAUUUCACACCUUUUGAGGAGGAAACCGUGGAGGAAGUCAAUCUCCAACCCGUGGGCCCUAUUCCAGCUUGA